GUCACACUGUAAUCGACGACAAUUUUUAUUCAGAAGACGAGCGAAGUAAUACGUAAAUAAAUUAUGUCGUUCGUUUUGAACAAUGCGAUUCGUCGCCAAAUUGGCGCUACUGCCGCCAGGAACAUGUCCGGCACUGCCGCCGUUGCUGGUGAACACUCUGGUGGCUACAAGGUCUGGAAGCGCCUGUCCUUCUUUGUGGCCGUCCCAGCUGUGGGUCUGUGCAUGUUGAACGCCUACCUGAAGCAUCAGGAGGAGCACGGUCAUCCCCGCCAGGAGUUUGUCAAGUACGAUUAUCUGCGUCGCCGUGAGAAGCGUUUCCCCUGGGGCGAGGGCAACAAGAGUCUGUUCCACAACCCCCAUGUCAACCCCCUGCCCGAUGGUUAUGAGGAUUAAGCAAUGCGAAGGUGUUACACAGCUUGUUUGGGUUUAACCAAUACCUAAAUCACACACUCUAUGUAUUUACAAUAAUGUAAGCCGAAAUCCAUAUGGAGAAAUACACACACAAUCCAACAAAAAAGAACGACGAAGCUUAACUGAAUAAAAGAGUGGCGAAAUAAGUAUGUUAAACAA